AAAUCUAUUUUGUUAUUAUCGCUUAUGUAUUACUUUAUACCAGAAAAGCCUAAAUAGUUUUCAUGUCUUGUUAAUUUAAUAUUAUUAUUAUUUUACGCUUGGGUUCCUAGUGGAACAUAGAGCUUUAGUAGCACGCCUCCAUUGCACUCUGUUCUCUGCAUUUUUUUGAACCUUGCGCCACGACUGCUCACAAGCUUUCAUUUUUUUACUCAUAUGACCUCCUCCAUGUCACUCUCAUCUCGGACGCCCAACUCGUCGUUUCCUUUUUGGAUUCCACUCGAGGGCCUGGCGCGUAAUGUCCCCAAUCGGCCUUCUUAGUGUAUGCCCAAUCCAUUUCCACUUUAUUCUAUGGCAUAUUUGUUGGGUUAUAAGUUCUUGGUUGGUUCGUUGUCAGGCCAGAGUUCCUUGUUGCUUAUUCUUAUUAUUCUGGCCAUCUGAUCUUCACUAUCGAGCCAGCGUCGACAGCUGUUGAUAAAUGUCUGCAGUUUGUUGGGAGUGCUUUUCGUGACGCGCCAAGUUUCUGAACCAUAUAGCAGCACUGACUUGAUAUUGGUGUUGAAAAUUCGGAUCUUGUUUUUUAUGCUGAGCGUAGUAGAUCUCCACACUGAUUUCAGAUUAAUGAAUGCGUAUCUUGCGUUUCCGAUCCUGGUUUUGACAUCCUCGCCUGUAGUUAAAACGAUGCUGCCUAGGUAGGUGGGUAGGUCAAAGAGACUACUGUAAGUUUCUCCCGUUAAUGGUGAUGGUGAUUGGAGCUUGUUGGUGGUGGUGUUGGUCGGGUAUCUUCAUCACCUCUGUCUUCUCUAUGUUCACUUGAAAUCCCGUCUUUGCUGCCUUGCCUCUUCUGUCAACUUGUUAGUUUUCGCCUGCAGAUCUUCAAGUUUGUGUGACAUUAGAUACAAGUCAUCGGCGAAAUCUAAAUCUUCUAGGUUCUUUUCCCCGGUGCAGCCAGCAUAUCCCCCUCUUCUUGUUCCUCACUGUUUGUUGCAUGAUCCAGUCCACUGUAAUCAGGAAUAUCAUGGUUGAUAGUAGACAAACUUGUCUUACUCCUAUCGACUGUCUUCACUUCAAAGGCGUCACUGAGCUUUCCAUUGUGAAUUACUUGGCAUGUGGCAUGCGUCUUCAUAUGGUUGUUGAAUAAGGUUGAUAAAGGUUUGUGGUAUUCCGUAUUUUUGAAGAAGUUACCUGCCAAAUUACUUUUCGGUCGACCUUGUCAAAGGUCUUAUCAAAGUCGAUGAAGUUGAGGUAGAGAGUUGACUACCAUUCUAUACUCUGUUCUAUGAUGAUGCAAAGCGUUGCGUUUCAAUUUAAUCCGCACAUGAUUUGUUCUUUCUGAAUCCAGCCAGUCUGUUCUGGUGGUAAUUUUGAACCCAGCUUGUUAAUUUACUGAAGUAAAUUGUUAAAUGACUUCAAAGACCAGUCUGGUAACUAAGUGCUACAAUUACCGAUCAGUUAUCUUUAUUUGUGCUGAAAAGGUGGUUUGUCAUAAGAUAAAGAUGCUUGAUUGGUGAUUUUAGUAGGAUUGUUUCUGAAAUCUAUCAUGGGUUUAAUAAGAUAGCCUGGCUUAUGAGUUUUAAUAGUACCAUACAUUCUACUGGGAUUAUUAGUUUUCGGCAUUAGAUUAAACCAUUUCAACCCACUUGGAAAGAGCUUUAUUCCGAAUAUUAGAUCCACUGCAACUUUUUUUUAAAACCUCAUUCAUAAUAGUGUUUCUUAGUUUCUUAUUGUCCUCCUGUGGUCCUGUCUCUAUAUGUUCGCUGACUUUCUGAGUCGUGUAGGGAAAUGAAGACUGCUUGUUUGAGGUCCCCGAGACGAAAGGAAUUAUUUAUUGAGGACUAUUGGUGACAUGGCUGAAAAUCGAUCACAAUGGAGCAGAUGUAUUCACUUUUUGACAUCUUCUAAAGCUUGAAUAUUCACAAUAACCUUUAUCUUCAGAUUAUUUAUUCUCUCGCACUACUUUGUCUUCUAUGAUAUCACUGUUUUCCUAUUCGCAUGUUCUUUGUAUACUACUGUGAUAUGCGGCAACUUGAGUCGAUACAUCUGUGUACGAGAUUUUAUGUUGAUUUCGCGAGUCAGUCAAUCAGUCAGUCAGACAGCUAGUUUCUGAACAUAAUCAAAUUUUUAUAACACUACUGUUGAAUUACCUUUAUCUUAUUUAACAAAUUGUUGUCAUUCUGAUGGUUUUUCAAAGUUUCUAUUUCUACUUUUGAUAAAUUCAGUUUCGUUUUCUUCUAUCGCUUGAGUGUUAGUACAGCACAUUGUGCUCACACCUUAUCUACCAAUGUCUUCAGGAUUACUGAAAUUUUCUGACCUCUUAUGUCGAACAUCAUUGCUAUUGUCUUUAAUCUAGUAUAGAUUAAAUUCCAACGAUAUUUAGUGUAGUAAUCGAAUCUCAUUGUCAUUUUUUUCAAUGUGGGAUUUAUCAGUAGAAACAUAUAAUUACUGGAUGGUGUUAUCCUCUGUUAUUUCGAAUAAAUUUUAUCCUUUGGGCCACUUAAGUGUAUGAUAGUCAAAUGUAAAUUUAGUAUGUAUUGACUUCGAGUCUAAGUGAUAAUUUUGAGAAACAACAACAAAUGCUUACAUUUAACUAACAGUCAGUGUUGAAUAGAUUGAUACAGAUCAGAUAAACUGUCAAAAUGUAUAAGUAAUGUUUAAAAUGGUUAUCUUUCUUCAAAUCUUUUUAUAUACGCAUGUGAUCAUGUCUCUAAAAGUCUAAUUACUGUUUAAAUCAUACAAAACCUCCUGAUUCAAUUAUCUCUUAAAAAAUCACUAGCAUUCUUGCUCAUAUGUGUAUUGCUUACAAUACUUUUUCUUUUCUGUUAAGAGAAUCAUUUAACCAUGGAUGUAUGAUGUUCUUCUCGCCAUUCUUUUCAAGUCUGCAUGCUCUAACUAGGAUAUGUUUGAUUUCAUGUUCAUUUGUAUAAUUUUUCUUUUUGGGAUAUCUUUAUUUAAGGGCUGAUUUCCGACCUUCAAUGGAUAGUAUACAACAACAACGUUCUGCUCUUCUUGGAUCACUGAGUUCAGAUCAGGCGAUUUCUUUAAAUGAUCUAUGUGAAGAUAUACGUGAGAGCGAUAAGGUUGACUCUGGAUUCUGGUGUUCUAGCUUAAGGAAGAAAAAGCGUCAUUGUGUUUCUUCUUCUCCAAAUAUUCCACAUAUAUCUGAGUCAAUCAGAGAUAGUCUUCAUCAAGGCGUUCGGUGCUUUCGAGCCUUACUUAACAAUCAGCGGGGCUGUUCAAUGGUGUUCGAACAUCCUCGUGCUGUGAAUGUUAUUGCCUUAUGUCUAUUACAUCCAAGCUAUCAAACAAAAACUUUAGUACUUGAACUUUUAACUGUUGUCUGCUUAAUUACUGGUGGUCAUGAACGUGUCUUGAAUGCAUUUGAUAAUUUCAAAAAAGAAGUCGGAGAAUCAACACGUUUUGAAUAUCUUACGCAUUAUUUUUUCUCACAUGAAUCUGAAUCUUCAGACUAUUAUAAUAUGGAUUUUAUGGUAUCAUGUAUGCAAUUUUUCAAUAUAGUUGUGCAUUCAACGGAGGAUAUAAUGUUAAGAGUUUAUCUGCAAGAGGAAUUCAGACAUCUUGGACUGGUCAACUAUUUAUCACGAAUACAUGACAAAGCGGGUGAUCGUUUUCUACGUCAGAUAGAAGCUUAUAAUGAUAAUGAAGUGGAUGUUGCAGUAUUACUUGAAGACUCUCAAAUGCGCGAUGUACUUCAACAGGAAAAAGAACAAGCAGAAUCAGAUCUUAUCAUCUUACAAACACGAACAGCAACACUUCAAGCAGAAUAUGAAAGUAAACUCUUACAACUUCAACAAAAUAUGCAAGUUUUAGAAUUGAAAUGUCAAGAUUUAGAGAAUGAACGUACAAGCCAAGAUAGUCAACUGUCAACAUUACGUGCUCAGUUAUUGGAUAAAGAUAAGAGCACAUCGGAACGUGAACGUAAUUUGAAGGAACGAGUACGUGAAUUAGAAGACUGUUUAAAUGCUGUCAAAAAUUCAGAAGUCAAAGCACAAUCACAGAUUAAUGGUACAACCGAGAGUGGCACUAAGUUGGUCAAUGCAACACCUGCUAGUGUUGCUCCUCCUCCUCCACCCCCACCACCACCGCCACCUCCACCACCUCCUCCUCCACCACCUUUUGGUAUACCACCACCUCCUCCUCCACCUGGAAUGGGCGAGACAGGUCCUGGUGUGGAAGGUGUUUCAAUACGACCACCUAUACAAACUCGAUACAAAUUACCACUAGUUAAUUGGGUUCUCUUGAAGAAUCAACAACUUCGUGGCACAAUAUUCGUUGGAAUGAAUGACGAAGCUGUUUUAGAUACUGUAGACACUGAGAAAUUUGAAAAUUUAUUCAAAUUAUCUAAUCAGUCAGUGGACAAUAAGUCGAUCACAGGAAGUAAUACUUUAGUUAACGGAUUAGAUCAAAGAGAUAAUCGGAUAAAUAAAAAGGUGGAAAGGAAGUCUUUAAUGGAUUCCAAUAGGCAUCGUUGUAUUGGUGUUCUCUUGCGUUAUUUGGAAUCAGAAAAGUAUACACCUGAACGCCUUUGGAAUGAUAUCAAUCGUUUAGAAUUAAGUCAAGAUGUUGCUGAUCGUAUCUAUCAUCAAUUGCCAACUGCUGAUGAAAUGAAAACCUAUCUGAAUUAUGAAUUCACAGAACAACGUCCUAUUGAUGAUCUAACAGAUGAAGAUCGUCUUUUAUUGCAUUUAUGCAAAGUUGAACGCUUAGGACCUAGGCUAGAGAUUAUUCUAUUCAUGAAUUCAUUUGAGGAUAACUUAAAAGUUGUCAAUUCAAAAAUUGUUGCUGUACGAUCUGCUUCAUUAGCACUGAAAAAAAGUUGUAAAUUUCGAGCUAUCUUAGAAAUUAUACUAGCAUUUGGUAAUUAUAUGAAUAGUUCUCGACGUGGAAUUGCUUACGGUUUUCGGUUGCAAAGCUUAGAUACUUUAUCUGAUACACGGACGUUAGAUAAAUCAUGGACUCUGCUUCAUUUUAUCGUUGAGACAAUUGAAAGUCAAUUUCCAGCUUUAAUUACUUUUGAUGAUGAGUUGGCAGGUAUCACAGAAGCUGCAAAAGUGCCAAUGGAAGCAUUGACAUCAGAUGUAUCUGCUUUAAUCUCUGGUAUGUCUCAGGCUGACAAAGAAACAAUUAUUUCUGGUUCAUUGAAAACACCUCAACGUUUAUCAGAUUUUGUAAUUAAUAACAAAUCAAAAGUGGAGACAAUUGAAAAAGAAGCUGAAACUGCACGUAAUAUGUUUGCUCGAACAAUUGAAUGGUUUGGUGAAGCUCAGUCGAAACCUAGUCCAGAACAAUUCUUUGGUUUAAUUGUUCGAUUUAUUAAACAAUUCAAGAAUGCGAUUGUUGAUAAUGAAGCACGGCGUCGUGCUGAAGCUCUUCAAACACUGAAUUCAGUAACAGGUGAUGAUCAUGGUCCAUUAUCAUCAAUUAAUCAAAUCACUGUAAAUCAUUUCCCAAAAAGACCUAAAGAUAAACGUCUGGCGCAAGAAGCUAGAAUGGCUAAACGACGAUUUAAAAAUCGUACUAGACAAAUUACUGGUGAUGGAAUGAUGGAUGAGAUUCUUGCAGGUUUAAUCUCUGAACCAUUACAAGCAGAAGUUCAUCCGCGUCGUAAUCGCCUUUCUGAAAAUAAUUGAUUACAUCUUUGUGUAUACACUCUAAUGAAUACAUGUACUCUGCUUUGCUUUUGUUUAUUAAAAGCUAAUGAAAUGAUCUCUUGCUUAUUUCUUUGUUUUUUCUUCCUCUUUAAUUUAUAAUUAAGUGUAUUUUUUUGAUUAUAGUAAAUAAAUUAUCGAAAGAAACAAUUUUCUUUCACUUCCUGCUUUCUUUUUGUGUGUGUAGUAGUCAAUAUUAAAUACACUAUUCAGAUAUGACUUGAAUCUAUUGAAAUACUCAAUUUUGUUUUAACGUAUCACAUUUAUUUAUUUAUUUACUAGUUCAAUUUUCAGCCCUUUUGUUUUAUUUCUUACAAAUCAGUUUAUAUCAACCAUCGAUAUGAUUAAUCUAAUCUCUUCUACUUGAUAUAUUAUUAAUUGGAAUAUGUUUUCUUUUGUAUUUUUCAUAUAUGGUUAUUUUUUCUCUUGUCACUCUGAAAUUGUCUUCAGCACUAGUAAAUCUCUACUUUUAUUUCCUUCUGUCACAUUCUAUGUAUCUGUGUCGAUUACUUAUUUAUUUAUAUCAGUUGUAUGUUUGCUUUAUCUGAUAUCUUUAAAUGAAUUCCAUUCUUUCUUUUUGGAUUAUCAAAAAAAUGGCAGAAAAUGUGCACAGAAUUUAUAUAUACUAUCUUCUCUUAGCCUAUCUACUGCUGUUAAAUAAAUACAAACAUUUUUUUUGCUAUUCAAUGCUUUUAAAUGUCAUAUUUAACUGUUUUUCUAGUCAUUUUGUCUUCCUCCAUUGUCAAUGUGUUUUAGUUCUCCACCUUAAUCUACAACCUUGACUGUUUUUUUGAUUGGUUACACUUCUACUUCAAAUUUCUCCCGGUUUAUUAGAUCUCUUUUUAAAGUUAUUAUUGAUUAUUUUGUACGAAUAAUAAGCUUGAAUAACCAGAUAGUGUUCUAAUUUUUAACUGCCACCUUUUUCUUUGGUCACAGACUUAAGGGAAUCAAUGCCACCGGAUGAUUGUGUUUUUAACUUGUUGACCAGACAAAAUAGUUUCUUGUCUCUCCUUCCUGUUCUGUGUUAAGCAAUCCGUCUCUGAUGAUAAUGGUUUCUUGUGUCGUUGUUGUCUUGUUUUGACGCUCACUAAUGUUUUGAAUGGAACAGUCGACUGUUCACUAAUACUUCUUUAUAUAUAUUUUUUCUUGUUCAAUUAUUGUGUAUACGUCUUGUUAAUCUUUUGUAUCUUCGUUCUCCUUGUAAUACAUUAAGUAAUGUAUAAUAUUUCCCAGGUUUUUAAUGGAUUCACAUACUUGUGUGUGGAUAUUUGAUUCCGUGGCAAACUUUUUUCAUCUUAUACACAUUGUCGUUUGUUGAUGUUUUAUGCUUCUUGUAACGUUUCAGAAAUGACUAUACCGCCUAUUCAAUUUCAUAUUAUUUACAUUUUGUUUUAAUUUUUACAUUUAGAAAAGAAAAGAAAAUCUUUUUUUCAUCUUUAUAAUUUUCUGUAAUCUGCUGUUAUUAUUAAUUUUUGGUGAUAGCAUAAUUCCAGCAUUUUUCUCUCCCUUCUUUUCUUUUAUUUUGAUGACAAAGGGAAUUUUGAUGAGAAUGUCUUCAUUUUCUAUCAACUCGUAUUAGAACUGUCAAUGUCUUUGUGUGUAUCACUCUGGGUUUUUUUAUAGCCUACUUGUGUAAAACUCUAGAUAAUAAUCACUUUUCCUUUUCAUUCCUUUUUUUUGCUUCAUACUUUAUAUUGAAUAAAACAUUUUGGUUAUUCAUUU